UAUACCCAACAGGAGCAAUAUUAGUCUUAAUCUUUAAUUAAUGAGAGGUUCUAAAAAAGAACUAAACAAAGUUUUUUCCAAACAAAUCAAGUAUUGAAAAGUGCAACAAAUAAAUUCAAAAUGUUUAAAAAAAAUGUACAAAUCAGCCAUUAAAUAAGAGACAUGAAGGCACUUUCUCUGCACCUGGAUGGAAGACGAAGGGCCCAAAUAUGCAAUCUCUUUCCAUCUUCAAAUUCCACCGCAUGCCUGAUAGGGCCCUAUAAUCAUUACAUAAUACAUAGUCUACAUAUUCUACAUGUCAGCCACACAUUGCUAGUGAAAUCCCUGAAUUUAUGGGCCUGCUUUAGACAAGUCCCCCAUGGUGGAAUGUCUGCUGAAAACAGCCCUGCUUCCAUCUUUUUGGCAUUCAGAUGCUGCAUCAGUGACAGAAAGCAGACGUCCAGAAUGGACCUAUUUUAGGAUCCAUCUCAAAUCCACAAUGACUUUUAAAACAAGAAUAUGUGUUUAUUCCUAAGCAAAGCUUUGAUGUUUUUCACCACGUCAGUGCUGUCGCAUGUCCACUGAUUCACUUCAAAGUGACAUCACUGCCCGCUCCCCGUCAGCUUUUAAGAACCCCAAACUUUUGGAGACUGUCCCGAUGGGGAUGAGCAGAAAGAAAAAACCUGCGAUUUACACCAACUAACUGGACAAAGUGUGGGUCAACUGCCCUCCCAUGCUCCCUGUUUGGCCCAGGUGAGCAGGAUAGUCAGCUGGCAAGUAACGGGUUAGUCUCUGUCUCCCCUCCUUUCACUUCGUAUUAUCUCCUCGCCCGUUUCACCCCCCUUAACCUGGCAGGGCUAUAUAUUGGAGGUCGUGACUCGCCUGCAUCUUAAGCAUCACUCCCACCUGAAGAAACGGAGGUACAAACGCAUCGGGUUAACUCUGAGACGCAGCAGGAGCAGAGUUUUCACUAUGAGGUCCCUGAUCAAGCUUCUCCUGAUUCUUUUCUGUGUCCAGAGAGGAGAAGGCCUCUGGUUGAGAUCUUUGAUCAGUAAGUGACGGCUGGAACGGAGGGGGGUGUUGGAUGGUUUUCUGACAUGCUGCCCUAAAAUCUGUGUGAAUAUUGCAGUAAUUUCUGCUCAUUUAACUCAUUUUCAGGUCAUGAGAAGCUGGAAACAGCAUCCACACACUCCUCCUCUGAUGAGGACAGGAGGAGCAAACAUCCAGCUGUGGAGGACGCUCAAAUGAUAGUCUCUGGUUCUGGGUCAUCUCUUUUUUCUGUCACUCCGCUUCGGACCCGCCGCUCCCCCCUCCACUCUCAGUGUGGACUGCGCUCCAUCCUGCUGCAGGUUCGAGACCUGGGGCUGGGUUACGACUCGGACGAAACCAUCUUGUUCAAGUACUGCAGCGGGAGUUGCCCCCACACCCGCUCCAACCACGACCUCACGCUCAACAACCUGCUACUCAGCGGCCUGCUCCUUCAUCCUCCACCUGGGGAAGUGUGGCACAACGCGCCCUGCUGCAGACCCACCCACCACGAGGACAUGGCCUUCCUGGAUAACUCCCACCGCUGGCACAAGGUGGAGAAGCUGUCUGCUGCGGGCUGCAGCUGUGUGGGCUAAGACCGUUGGACAAUGAGUGGGGAGGUGAGAGGGCAGGUGCUCAAAACUAAGAUGAUAUUAAAAUGUUACUUUUUCGGCCACUUUGGAAGGAAAAUCUGAGGAAUUCGGGUCAGACAGACGGCCUGACAAAAGAGCUGAUGACCAGAAAGACUUUUUAGUUACAUUUUGGCACAUUAAAUGAGGGUUAGUGGAAACAUGAUAAUGAAAAAAAACACUUGAUUUUGUUUGAAUAAAGAAAAAAAACUUGAUGUAGAAUGAUGAAGUAUUAAGUUAAGCUCUCCAGUGUAAUCUUGAAGCUAUGAAACCGUGGUAGUGUUUUAAAAAAUGUUGUAGACUUAGUCUUUGCUGGAAAGACUUAAAAAACAACAAAAUA